CAGAAAACGGAUCCCGAAAUCAGAUAGAGCUCAGAGCGCAGGGAAUGGAGGGUACAGUGCGGGGUUAUAUCUGGGAGCGAUAACCCCCGGCGAUGGCAAAGUGGUUCAAAGACUUCCCUAUUAACUUAAAAACCGGAGCGGACCGGAUCCGAUCCGCUUCCGACUCGGGAUCGUCAUCGAACCCCCGGGCUAAACUCGGGACAGCGGCGAAGAGCGCCGGCAAAAAUUCUGGAACUUGGCGUAAGAAUUCGGCGGUGGUGGAAGGUUCAGCUUCGGUGCUGACCGGUAAAAACCGUAAGAAUUCGGCAGUCGAGCUCGGCAGGACCGGUCCCGUCACGACCGGGAUCAAAGAAGGCAAGGUUAGCAGUUGGGACAUCCCGAGUUUUAUCCCGGGUAAAAGUCGAAAAAAUUCCCGUGCAGAACCCGGGUUGGAGGAGUCCCGGAGCGGGAAGGGCGGACCCGGCUCCUCUAGAACCUACAUCAGCAGGCUGAUCAAAAUGGAGAAGCAAGAGAAAAACGGGAAGAAUUAUAACUGCUCUGCGGCGGUGUCUCCCGCAGCCCGGGGCGCUGAGCAAGAACAAGAUCAGCCCUGUGCAAGCAAACAGGACACGGUGGGUUAAAAAAACAAAUCAAAUCAAA